AUGGAUGAUGAGUUCGCAGGCAUGGCGGGAGAAGUUUCUAAUUUUUCUCAAAUAGCGGAGCAUGGUGAUGCAGCAACAUCUAGGACUAUUCUCGCAUGCCUCAUUCGGACUAAUUUUCAUGUUUUAGAAGAGGCCAAUGCGAGGUUGCAGGACGUGCCUCCAGAGCUACCCCCUGAUCUCGGAGGCGAAUUCACGUCUUUGUUCUGGAUGAUCGUGACGACGAGCCUGCGACAACAGAAUGACAACCUUCUCGCCACAUUCCUGGAACAACUAAUUACACUUGGGACUGGUCAGCCAGUUGCGUUUCUCACGACAAUGCGACAAUACUCGAACCGUCUUCUACAAAAGUCUUCUAGCUUAGCAAACACAUCACCUGGCUCAGGUUGGCUUGUUGAUGAACUCCUGGCCACUCUUCUUAGGCUUUUAAUACCCGAGGAGCCCCAGCCGCAGUUAGAGGUUGCCAGAAACUCACGAGACGUGGAUUCGAUCUGCAUUUCUGUUGGCGAUGAAAAGUUUGAUGUUACUCCGCAGCAGGUGUUGGAGUAUUUCUGGAGGACUAAGCUUAACACUGAUUGCCUCGUCUGCAAGGAACCCUUUGAAGAUAGAAGAGGCCCCCCUAUCCGUACAUUCUCUCGAACCGUGGAAAGAGAUGGAGAAGCAGGUUCGGCGAAAAAAGAUAUUCGAUGUUGCAUUCGCGUCUUCAAUCGACAUUUUGAAUGCCUCAAGGGCGAAGGUGUUCAAUUCAUCCCAGUCUCCCACGUAUGGCAUCGCCCUGUGUCAGAGGCGCAUCAUCACCCAAAACGAACAAACAAGGAAGCUGGGACAGCUGUCUUCGACACCAUAGUCCAACUCCUUAGUUCCAGCCGUAUUGCAUACGAGGAUGAUACCGAAUUUUGGCACGACUACCUCUCGGUUCCACAAUGGGUUUAUGAAGUUCAACAGUCACUCCUUUUCAUCCUUCCAUCUAUCUAUCACGCUGCGACGGAGAUACUGGUGUGCAUGAGGGACGUCCAUGGUCGCCAUAUAAGUCAGGUUCUUCGACUCAAACAUAUGCUCAGCCAGAGGCUAAGUCUCGUGAAUUGCCUUGAUGCAAUUCCCGCCCUAUAUGCGUUCUUCCAUUGCCAAUGGCUACAAAGGAUGUGGGUCUCAGUCGAAUAUGCGUGUUCGCAAAAAGCAUCUUUGAUGGAUGGCGAUCAUAGAAUUUGGAGAACUUGGCCCCUAAACGAUACUGCCCCGACCGACUUCUUAUCCCAGUUCAGUGACGACGCUCAAAGGCUACUUAACGAAGUAUUUACACAAGCAUCAGCUUUCUCAAGAUCAAUCUUCAUCGGCAUGCCAUAUUUCUCUCGCCAAGCGGAAAACCCUUGCCUCGGAGAGAUUGUAUCCAUGAUUGGUGGCAAGAAUUGUUUAUACUCUCGGGAUCGCUUCAUCGCCGUACAUGCUAUCCUAAACCAAUCCGCGCCCACGACUCACCUUCAUCGGCAGCCAAGCCUACCUAAAGACGCAACUGCUUUGUGUCAUCAGGUCUGGCUACAUGCCCUUGAGAUUGGCGAUUACUCUCCGCUUCUGUUGCGACCACCGCCCGAAGAAGAGCAAACAGUGCAGGCUCGGUGGCUAGUUGGAUAUGAGACAUUAUGUCGGCAAUCCUGGGGAUUAGGCAACAUGAUUUCCGGUCCCACCGAACGAGGUAUUGUCUCUGAGGGGUGUUUAAAGCCAAAGAUGGAAGUGGUUGGAAAUAUAACGAAUAUAUGUUUAGUUGACUUCUUGGAUCGGGAUGGAGCCGGAAUUAUGGAAAAGAUUCUGUCGUUAUUUCAGACCACAUGUACUGGUGGGAUCAUAAAUUUUGUCUCCGCCAUCACCCGCCUGUUCCCCAUUGACAUCGACCACAAGAGGCUUGCAACCAGGAUCCAUCGAUUACCACCACUUUCAUACAACGAGCACACAUGA